AUGCUCCACCGGUCCGGACUCUUGACGGCGCGCUUGCCGCUGGCCGCAGCGGGCCAGGCAAGGCCGCGGCCAUCGAUGUUGCCGCGACGCGUGCCGGCCGGAGGGGUGGCCCCCCUUCCACUCGCCGCCGGCCCGGUGUUCGGGGAGUUCGGCGGCGCUCAUGCUGGAGGUGUGCUGGUGCGACGCCAUCUGAGCCUUUCUCCAUGGAGCGGAGGCAAGAAGCCCCCGACGCCGACAUCCGCGCCGACACCCGGCCAGCUUGGGCCCAAGCCCGGUCCCCUGGGCCGCCUAUCAUGGUUCUUGGCCUCCGGGGCCGGGAAGCUGGUUCUCGGCUCCGGCAAGAAGGUUGGCUCGAUGGCGUACGGGCUGGCCUCGCGCCUUGUAAAGGGCACCCUCAUUGGCGUGGGUCUCUUCCUGGUGGCAAACUGGUGGUUCAACAAGGCCCUGGAACGCAAGAAGCAGGAGCUGUACGACCAGUAUGUGCCGGAGUUCAUCAAAAACAUGCCAGGCAUGCGGGUCCCUUCGGAUGGGCAGUCGCCGGUCCAGUCGCAGCCUCAGUCGCAGGAUCUGUAA